UCCACAGUGUUCCAGAAGGAAGUGUAUCUUCAUACAUCACCAUACCUGAAAGCAGAAUCCAGUCCAACCACAGCCAUGGCAGCCGAGUCCCUGCCUUUCACCUUGGACACAGUGUCCAGCUGGGAGCUGGAGGCCUGGUAUGAGGAUCUGCAGGAGGUGCUGUCCUCAGAUGAAAAUGGGGGCCCCUAUAUCUCCCUUGGAAACGAACAGGGGGAGUCAAAAACCUUCACUACGCUGGACCCCACGUCCCUGGCUUGGCUGACUGAGGAGCCAGGGCCCGCAGAGGUGACAAGCAGCUCCCACAGCCCCCGCUCUCCAGAUUCCAGCCAGAGCUCUAUGGCUCAGGAGGAAGAGGAAGAUCAAGGGAGAAGUAGGAAACGGAAACAGAGUGGUCAGUGCCCAGCCCGGGCCGGGAAGCAGCGCACGAGGGACAAGGAACAGGAGAAUGAGAGGAGAGUGGCAGAGCUGGCCGAGGAGAACGACCGGCUCAAGCGGGAAAUCGAGCGCCUGACCAGGGAGGUAGAGGCCACUCGCCGCGCUCUCAUCGACCGCGUGGUGAAUCUGCAGCAGGCAUGAACACGGGCCAUCGCGUCCCCAGCACCCGUGUGCACACCGUCAUGCCAAUGCCAAGGGUGUUGGGUAGGGAGGAGAAAGGUCUCAGCUUGUUUGUAUAUAUGUGUUGUCCGUUCUUUAUUAUUGUCCAUACCCAGUAAAGGGACUUUG